GUAGGAGUGGCCAGCGGUGGUAAUUUGCCUGGUCUGCAAUCUGCAUCGUCAAACCAUCAACAAACCUGCUCCACAUCCGCUGUGCAUUUUGUACAUGUGUACCGGAAUUUCGCGGUCUUCCGCGAAAGAUUCCUCUUUAACGUCUUACUUAUAUUAAUCGCUAUUCAUCUGUUUUCAUUAAUUCUUCUCCUCCAGAUCGGCCUACUCCUCAGCAUAUACAAUAUCCCUGCUAAUGUAUAAAUGUUAUGUAAUAGUCUUGUAUAUAUAGCUUGUGUAAUAAUCUUGUCUUGUAUAUUAUGUUCUGCUAGCGCUUGAAUAUUGCCGGUUAAAUAAUUUUCAUUUCGCUGUAUCAAGAGCGGUAGUAUUCGGAUGUAAUAUUUAUUUAGUUUGUGUUGAGCGGAAUAAAAUAUGGAUUUUAACCAGACGUUUUGGGAAUCAUUGCCCAUGAUGCCGGUGCCACCGACCAGCGCUCCGAUCCCGGCGGCUACGUGUGCGGCCAGUAUCGGCCAGUGCUCCGAACCGAUAGGCUUAUUCACUCAGUUUCUGCAACGCAACGUUAGCGCCACGCGCAACCUGGACGUGGAGCCGCCGCGCCCUAACCCCUCCGCAAUGACCUUUGGCUUCGGGGACUGGCUGGACCCGCUGGAGCUGUCGGAAGUUGACACCUUUGACCUGGAAUCCCUGUACCGCCCCGCGCCCCUCUUCACCCCCGACUUUGACCUUUUCCCGGACAACCGCGCCAAACCGGAAGUCCCGUGGUUCCCGGGAUACCCUCCCGACCCCCUCCCGUACAAAACCCCGUCCGCCGUGCCGGCGCUCCUCACGCCCUCCUGCGCGCUGGGUCCCCAGUAUAAGGGUCCGCUGGAGCGGAAGCGCAGCAAGUCCAGCGGGAAGAUCGAGGGGAAACCCUCCGGGAAACGCGCCCGCCACUUCUGGCAGUAUAACCUGCAGUCCAAGGGGCCAAAGCGGAACACGGACCCCCGCCGGCGCUGCAGUUCGGCGUCGACGGUCAGCGAUCCCGGGGUGGGCGGGGAUCCGCACGUCCUGUCCAAAGCGGUGGACCCGGUGUUCAACUGGGAGCUCCGGGGUGACGUCCCGGACGGGGUGCGCAUCAAACACACCGGGAAGGCGCGGCGCGGGGACGGGAAUGACCUGACCCCGAACGUCCGGAAGCUGGUGAGUCUCGGGAAGGAGCUGGACGCCAUCAACCAGGCCAUCGAGGGACUGGACGCCGAGGCGGAAGUGGAGGAGGGCGGCGCGGGGCAGCGGGCGCGGCGGGAGAAGAAUAAGCUGGCCUCCCGCGGGUGCCGGCUGAAGAAGAAGGCGCAGCAUGAGGCCAACAAGAUUAAAUUGCGCGGACUGGAGGAGCAGCACCAUGAACUAAUGGAGAGCAUCUGCUGUAUCCGGCAGAUGCUGGUCGCUAAGGCAACCGCCCUGAUGGUCGGCGGGAUGGGUCAGCCGGAGGAGAAGGCCACGGAGUCGUUUCGACGAAUCAAACAACAGCAUCUCAAAACAUUUGUGGCCGGCCGCUCUGCUGAUUACGUCAACGAGCAGCUGAAGUCGGCCGAAGGACAAGAACUCUCCAAACACCGAUUUUAAUCUUGUACAUACCGUAUUCUCCCAUGUAAUGACUAAUUUAAUUUUAUUUUCAAGAUGUAUUAAAUUAAUUAAAUGGAAACCGCGCUGGAGGAAAUCGAGAUAUUGAUGUCAACAUUAUUUUCUUGUUUGUAAAUCACAUAACUUGCGUUUUAAGUUAGUUAGCGUGUUUGCAACUAGCUGGGUCAUAUUGGCCAAUUAUAAUGUAAUUAUUAUAUAAUUAUGUGUAAAUAAUAUGUACAUCUGAAAUUUCUGUAUAUAAAUCACGCAGUUUUUGAUGAAUAUUUCU